AUGGAGUUUGACACUAGUCGCUGUGCGACUGCCCGCGAGGGUCCAAGUAUGAUCCCCAAGGCACAGCAGCACUAUCACGUUCUGUAACCUGAUCGGUGAGUGCCCAUUUGUCAUAAUUGAUAUUUCCGAUCACAAUCGACAGGACAGCGGGCCCGUGGCUCAAUGGUAGAGUGUCGAACUUCAUGACCAAAAAUCCCGGGUUCGAAUCUCAAGUGAUUCACACUUGGGGUUGAGUAUGACUGGCUGAUGACGGCUCAUAAACCAGAAAUGACCAUUCCAGUCUCCCAUGUCUUUGUCGGCAUCGUCUUAUCUACAUGUAUCACUAGUCACUGUACGACUGCCCGCGAGAGUUCAAGUAUGAGCCCCAAGGCACAACAGAACGAGCACGUUCUGUAGCCUGAUCGGUGAACGUCCAUCUGUCAUAAUAUAUGUAUAGAUUAACUAUGGUAGAGGACGUUCACUGAACACAUUACGGAACCUACUAGUCCCGUUGUGUUUAAAGGCUCGAUCUAAAGCUCCGCAGAUAACCGCACAGUGGCCAAUAGUACAGACAGGAUAAAGUUACUGACAAAGACAUGGGAAACUGGAAUGACCAUUUCUAGCUUACUAGUUGUCAUCGGUCAGUCGUAUCUAACCCUAGGCUUUCAGUCGCUGAGGCCCAAACUCAAUUUCAGUUGGUUAGAAACCAACGAUCUAACCAUUAAGCCACGAGCUUGUUCUUUGUUAGUUUUGAUAGUAUGCAUGUAUUUAUAUAUAAACCAGGGGAUAUUUGAAAAGACCGUCAUCGGAAAAACAGAGGAGUACCUUACUGGUUUUAUCCUCAGCGAUAGACUGGACAUUUGAACACGAAAUACUGCCUAAGUAUGAGCUUAUUUCUGCUGCAGAAGAUAUUUUUGUCAUAGUAGGUUGCUUGAAUUUCAAAGAGCGAGAGCAUUGGUUUGAGGCCUUUUACAUGCUGUCCAUAUAUAGUCUCACUGAGUUCUUUACUAAACUCUGAGAAGUUUUCAGAAGCAUGCCUGUCGAAAAGAAUUUUAACACGUCCAGUCUAAAGAUAGCAAGCAAGUUUUGACUGUCAUUUGAGACAAGCGUAAAAAAUCUAGUUUUAUUUGACCUCUAUCUAAAUAUAACGAAACACUAACAGUAAAUUACUUCAUUCGAGAAUAAGAGAUGAAUGCUGUCAUAGGAAGCUUACUUGGUUUUUUCGUUAUUCAAAUGUAUAAGAAAAGGACUGAAGUUCUUUCAUUGCACGUUUCAUAUUUAAAUGAAGAAAAUAGAUAUUACCGAACAUAUAUUAUGUGGCCAGUGACUUUGGAAAAACGCAAGAAAACUUAUUUCUUGCAACAUAAUGCAAAUGUUUUUUAUAUAUUUGACAGCGAUCGCACUCUAUUCUGAUCUAUGUGUGGCCAAAGCAUUCGCACCUUUCAGACGGUAACUUGUCAAACAUCGGAAAUAUGUUAACGUUGUAACGCAGGGUAAAAGCAAAGCCAUUGCGAGCUUUUAACACGUUCCUAAAAUGAAAACCUGUGCGCAGAUAUAGAGCAAAAAAUCUGUCUUCCAUCUGCUUUGGCUGAAUGAGAAACUGAUUUGUUCAAAGCAAACAAUCGCUACAUAAAAAGGACUGUUCAAAGAACUCUGCUUGUAGAUUUAACGACGUUACCGACAUCGACUCAAAUUGCCCCUGCACCACUUAAAUAUUGAGAACUGACGCAACUUGUGUCUGCUGUGAAAAAAAGAGAUGAACUACAUCAUCAGAACUUUUUAAGAUGUGGAUUUUGCUAACAACUGGUAGUCUAGUUAAAAUACCAAUGUACUAUUUCAAUAACGUUUUACUGCGGCCUGCAAACUAAUGCAUACCGGAACUAACCUUGCACGAGCAUCAAGUAUGAGGACAGCAAAUUACGUCUAAACUAAUCUUGAAGGAUUUUUACCAUGCGUUUGUUUCAAAAUGAUCGAAAUUGUUCGUAAAAGCGGUCUUUUUCCGUUCGAUGAGUGGAACCAAAACUACUAAUUUGUAAUUGAUUUCUAGACACCAAGAGGCUUUAUUUUACUUUUAGUAAAAGCUUAGGCAAAUAUUGAUUCACAUAGGAUAAAGCUAACGGGACUGAAAUAAUUAUUUUUGACUUAUUUCAUGUCUGACAAUGGCGAAAGAGCCAAGACUUAAUAGACAGAUUUCUCUCAUCUUUUUCGGCAACUGGCAAAUCGGAACAUCUGUAUCAUUCACUGCAAAUAGGAUGUGUCGGUAAAAGCCAGGCCCAUGUUGCAAGUGUUUCUUGUUUCGGAACCGCACUAACUGCUUGUUUAAAAUGACGGAGAGCUGUUAGGCCUAUUUUCGAGCCCUAAUUCGCAAAUAUUUUAAUCAGAAAUGAUUGGGGUUAUUUAAUCAGAACGUGCUUAUGUUGCGAGCUACUCAAACCCAAACUACAAUAGUGUGAGAUAUUAUAUAAAAUUUCCGACAGUUUCUCCACAUUGAAUGCCCAAAUGUCUAGUGUUGAAAUGACAACUGAGAAAAAGUCUUACAGUCAUUUUUCGUUACGGACACGCUUAAUUUGUCGCAUACACUAUCUGCUUGCCUUCAGACAGCAUUUACGGAUUUAGCACUACAUCCUAAUGGGAAACCAUUACUCACUUAACUGUCCUAAUAAAAAGAGGUUCUGAAUGGAUGUCAUACUUUCAAAGUAAGCAUGCGGACGCAAUAUCUCGUAAACUGCAUAAGCCCCUUCGUCACCUUUUUGAGGGUUGUUGUGCAAACUCCGUCAUAUAACAGAAAAUGUUUGGGCACAAUGCAAGUAAGCUCGAUUUGGUAAGAAAAUAGUUUAUAUUUCCUUGUGGAUUAAGGCGACAUUACAGCACCUUCAGGCAAGAAAUCUUCGUCUAGCUGCUUUAGUAAAUACGUGAACGGGUAUUUGUAGCAGCAUUGCCAUAGGAGACAAACGCACAUCCGACAACAUUCCUUUUUACACGCAUGCGCAUAAACGGACUUUUACCUGUUAAGCCUGAUCUCCCAUCAGUAGCCUUCAACAGAAAAUGUCCAAAAAACGUCUCGGUUUUCAGGCCUAAAGCAUCACUAUUCCCCAUGAGCGUGACUUGCUAAUUGUGGAAAAUAAGUGUUAGCGCGGUUCAUUAAGUAAGACCACGAAAACAAUUAUAAUGAUGCUGCUGCUGCUGAUGAUGAUGAUGAUGAUGAUGAUGAUGAUGAUGAUGAUGAUGAUGAUGAUGAUGAUGAUGAUGAUGAUGAUGAUGAUGAUGAUGAUGAUGAUGAUGAUGAUGAUGAUGAUGAUGAUGAUGAUGAUGAUGAUGAUGAACAUUAA